CGCACCAAAACAAGGAACCUGAGGGGAGUUCAGUCAUUUAUUCAAACUUUUUUGUGCAUUUUUUGCAUAAAGAUGGACGCUGAGAACAAUGACACAGACUGGAUCCUUAACCACUGCACCGUCAAGGUGGACUGGACAUCUCGGCGUAUCGGUCUCUUCCUGCUCCACCUCUUCAUGUUCAUCGUGGGAUUGAUCAUGAAUUUGACUGUCGUCUGGGUAAACUGGCAGAGACGCCGCACACGUAACACCGUCAUAUUCUGCAUCCUCAACAUGGGCGUGGCCGAUACCAUGCUGAUGCUCUUCUUACCCAUCUCCAUGCUCGAAGUUGCUUUAGACCACGUUUGGGUUUGGGGCAAUUUCUUGUGUCGCUUUUCGAAUUUAUUCAUCAUGCUUAACAUCCAUGCUAGCUCAUUUUUCUUAGCCUAUAUAUCUGUUGAGCGUUAUCUGUCACUGGUACAUGGAUCAGCACCAAAAAUAACAGCCACAUCAGAAAAGCGCAAGAGGAACAUCAUUUCUGUGGCCCUCUGGAUUUUUGCUUUGUUUCUUGGCUCGUUAGAAACGGUACACGUUCGUGUUUUAGGAUACAAUGAACCGGGAUGCUACCUGGUGCCUGAACAUGACUUAGAGAAGUGGUUCAGCUCUCUCGUUAUUAUCCACUUUUUGGCGCAAUACUUAAUACCGGCUGUGAUUAUGGUGACUUUUAACAUGCUAACAGCCCGAGCGGUGAGAUCGUCUCCUGAAGUUCAGAUCCGGAACAUUGACGACAUUUGGUUCCUGCAUGUUUAUUCCUCAGUUUUUAUCAUUUGCUGGCUUCCAUUUCAUCUAACCAUGAUCCUCAUCUUGGUGGACCUGACACAACCAGAUUUAUUUACCUGCAACACAGUCGAGCAGCUCUUUUUCUCCUACACUGUCGUAAGAACAAUCGCGUUACUCCACUGCUUGGCCAAUCCCAUCCUCUACAGUUUUCUAAGCAGGAGCUUCCGCAGCAAGCUUAUUAACCUCAUUUUGAGCCAUUUGCCACAAGACGUUGUUGCUAAUCAAGGAACAAAUCAACAUCCUGACCGAGUUGAAGGUAAAGGAAAUGGAGGGAAGGCAAACAAUAUGGCUGAAAACAACACCAGCCAAUCAGACGGAGGACCAUAACAAAAAAUGGAUUGGUUCACAUUCAAAGUUUGAAAUGGAAAAUUCAGAAUUUUUUUUUUUACCAUACACUAUGUUUAAUUAGUAUUAUUUACAGUUAUGUUAGAAAUACUAAUCAUAUGUACAGUUAAAUAUUGCAUUAUACAAUAUAUACAAAUUUACAGCAAAAAUUACAUAUGUGCAACCAGAAGAUAAUUAAAGAUGUCUUAUGAUCAUUAAAGUGUGUUAUGUACAGAUACUGCUAAUAAUCUAGCAAACUUCAAUAUUAAAAUCCUGUCUUUA